AUGGAGCAACUUCCUGGAUUUGUUGCUCAGGGGGAGUCUUUCGGUUUGGUAUGUCGUCUCCGCAAAUCACUUUAUGGUCUUAAGCAGUCUCCAAGGGCAUGGUUUGGUCGAUUUAGUACCGUAGUCCAACAAUUUGGUAUGACUCGAAGUGAAGCUGAUCAUUCUGUUUUUUAUCGAAAUUCCACUGUUAGGUGCAUCUACUUGAUAGUGUAUGUUGAUGAUAUUGUUCUUACUAGUAGUGACCAUCAUGGCAUUUCUCAGAUAAAACAACAUCUUUGCCAUCACUUUCAAACAAAAGACCUUGGUAAACUUAGAUAUUUAUUGGGGAUUGAGGUAGCACAAUCUAAAAAUGGAAUUGUAAUAUCUCAAAGGAAGUAUGCAUUGGAUAUUUUAGAGGAAACUGGCCUAAUGAGUCCCAAGCCCAUUGAUACACCUAUGGAUCCCAAUGCUAAACUCCUACCAAGACAUUGGAAUGCAGUCAUCCGCAUUCUAAAAAAUAUCAAAGGUGCUCCAGGAAAAGGUUUAUUAUAUGGCUACAACAAUCAUACUCGAGUUGUGGGGUACUCAGAUGCAGAUUGGGCAGGCUCUCCCUCUGACAGGAGAUCCACGUCAGAUUAUUGUGUCUUUAUUGGUGAUAACUUGAUUUCCUGGAAAAGUAAAAAGCAGAAUGUAGUGGCAAGAUCUAGUGCAGAAGCAGAAUAUCGUGCUAUAGCCUCUGCUUCUUGUGAGCUUAUUUGGCUCAAAUAG